GCCGUGCAAAAAAGUGCUGCAAUUUAGUUGAAUGCUGAAACUCAUCGCAUAUUUGCGGUUAAUUUAUAAUAUUUGACUUAUUGCAGUUAUAACAUUGUGUGCACCAAGAUAUUAACGAGAAAAGCUUCAAUAAACUCUCCUUGUAUUCUCUCUCUUCUUCUGCCUUAUAUUGUCUAAAUAAACGAAAAAAAAAAGAUAAAUAAAAAUGAGUCGCAUUUUGCUCAAUAAUUCCAAUGCGGUGCUUCAAGCCGUCACUGCGUGCAAUAAAGCACAAUCGUCACCUACAGUUAAGAAUCAUGUUGUUCGCCGCUGGCAGUCAUUAUUGUUUCAUAUGAACAAAAAACAUCAUCAAGCCGCAACGACUAGGAAUAACAUAAUGGAUGGAGUUUGCAGUGACGUUAUUACAGCGAAUAAUAAUCGUUGUUUCAGCUCUGCUGCGAGGGAACAAACAAAAUGUCUACAAUUAGAAAAUAUCAACCCUAAUUUUAUAACAAUGGAAUAUGCCGUGCGCGGUCCUCUGGUCAUACGUGCUGGCGAAAUUGAGAAGGAAUUAAAGCAGGGCGCUAAGAAACCGUUUGAUUAUGUCAUACGCGCCAAUAUCGGUGAUUGUCAUGCUAUGGGACAAAAGCCCAUUACCUUCCUAAGGCAAUUACUAAACUUGACAUUUGCACCCGAGUUGCUGAAUUCCUCCAGCUAUCCUGAUGACGUUAAAGCACGUGCAAAGGAGGUUCUAAAUGGUUGCCAGGGAGGAUCAGUUGGUUCGUACACGGACUCAGCUGGCCUGGAAGUUGUGCGACGUCAGGUGGCUAAUUUUAUAGAGAAACGUGACGGUCUACCGUGUGAUUGGCGUACCAUAUUUUUAACGGCUGGUGCUUCGCCUGGUAUCAAAAGCGUAUUAUCUUUGAUUAGAUGUGAAGUCGGCGGUAAAAAGCCCGGUGUUAUGGUGCCAAUACCUCAAUACCCGCUGUAUUCAGCGACCAUUGCCGAAUAUGGCAUGGAUAAGAUUGAUUACUAUUUAGAAGAGGAAACCGGUUGGAGUUUAAGCCGAAAGGAAUUGCAACGAGCGUACGAUGAAUCUACAAAGAAAACUGCGCCCCGUGCUAUUGUCGUUAUUAAUCCUGGAAAUCCUACGGGGCAAGUAUUAACACGUGACAAUAUUGAAGAGAUUAUUAAGUUUGCUUAUGACAAUAAGCUCUUCAUCUUGGCUGAUGAAGUGUACCAGGAUAAUAUUUAUGGCAAGAAUUCCAAGUUCUUUUCAUUUAAAAAAGUCCUCAUCGAAAUGGGCGCUCCCUAUAAAGAUAUGGAGUUAGCUAGUUUUAUGUCCACUUCAAAGGGUUAUCUAGGCGAAUGCGGUAUACGUGGCGGCUAUAUGGAAAUUAUCAAUAUGUGCCCCAAAGUUAUGGCAAUGUUGUCAAAAUCUAUUACUGCCUCAUUAUGCGGUACGACAGCCGGACAAGUGGCUGUUAGCGCUUUGGUAAACCCUCCGAAAAGUGGCGAACCGUCAUACGACCAAUACAUGAAGGAGCGUAAUGGUGUCUUGGGAGCUUUAAAGGAACGAGCCGAAUUGGUAUAUAAUACUCUUAGCAGUUUUGAGGGUUAUAAAGUUAAUCGCGUACAAGGAGCUAUGUAUGUUUUCCCCCAAAUUGAGAUCCCGCCCAAGGCUGUAGCGGCCGCUAAAGCAAAAAAUAUGGCUGCUGAUACGUUCUAUGCUACUGAACUCUUAGAAGCUACAGGUAUUUGUAUUGUGGCUGGCACUGGUUUUGGUCAAAAGCCUGGCACCUACCAUUUCCGUAGCACAAUUCUACCUCAAACACCCGUCUUGAAAGAUAUGAUGAAUAAGUUCAAGAAAUUCCACGCUGAUUUCAUGCAAAAAUACAAGUAAAAACCUUGCGCCUACUUAUUAAUGCAUAAAAUUUCAUUAUAGCUAAGUUUUAGUUUUGUUAUCCAUUUGAUUUGUUAUCUCUAAUGCUAUGAUCAAUUCAAUGUAAUAAAAUGAAUAAGUAGCAAAAAGGA